AUGUGGAGAGGAGAGGAUUACAUUCGUCUUGAUGACGAAGUCUCUGAAAUUCCGGAAUACGGUGAAGGAUCUGGCCUUGUUACUGUCAAAAUUCAUCACAGUGGGAGUUUCGUGACAAAUAAGACUAGAAAACUUGUUUUCUUUCAAGUGGAGGUGGACUACUUUGAUGAAGUUAAGUCUGAGGACCUUAAGCUUGAAGAGGAGGAACUGGCUUCAACACUUCGUCCAUCUAGUUCUGCUGACCCAGCUGCACCAUUCAUUAUUCAAAAUCAUGAUGUGGCAGAACCAAACAAUACAGAUGUGGCUUCAACACUUCAUCCAUCUUGUUCUGCUGACCUAGCUACACCAUUCAUUGUUCAAAAUCAUGAUGUGGCAGAACCAAACAAUACAGAUGACAGUUUGUCAAGCAAUCAGCAGCAGCACCAAAAUAUGGACCAGUUGGAACAGGAUUCCAAUCAAACUCCAAGUGCUGAUGAAAGGUCCCCUAAGCCAGAAGCAACAAUAACAAAUGUGACAUUGUCGGGCAAUCUUGAUGAUCAUGAAGAAGAUGUUGUAAUUCUCCCUACCGCCGUAACCUCACCGGCUGCCAACAAAGCCAUAAAAAACCGCAAAAAAUCAGCCCCUUCAACACCAAAGAGAACAAGUGCAAGGCUAGCUGCUGUUAAGGUAAGGUUUGAUGCUGAUGGUCAUGGCAGUAGUCCUGAAAAGGCAAUUUAG